CAGCGCUUUCCACCAGAGCGGAACUCUUGACUGCAGUGAUAUUUUCCACACAUACAGAUUUCAGAGUAACUAUUUCCGGUCCGGUUGAAGUCACCUCGCACAGCCAUUGUGUACAAUAACUGCUGGGGGAAUCAUUCAUUCGUUUUUCCAUAAAACAUCACAGUUUUUCAUUAUAGAGGGAGAGGUUUUCUAAUCGAAGAUGACAGACCGUUACAACAUCCACAGCCAGCUGGAGCAUCUCCAGUCCAAAUACAUUGGCACGGGCCACGCGGACACCAGCAAGUGGGAAUGGCUGGUUAACCAGCACAGAGACUCGUACUGCUCCUACAUGGGUCAUUUCGACCUUCUCAACUACUUCGCCAUCUCAGAGAACGAGAGCAAGGCUCGGGUGCGCUUUAACCUAAUGGAAAAGAUGCUGCAGCCCUGCGGCCCUCCAGCUGACAAACCUGAAGAUGCCUAGCACACUUUGGCUGAAUUCAUACUGCUGCUGAAGAGAUGUGCAGAAAGAUCAUAUGGACUCAUGCUGGUUGUUUAAGAACCAGUCUAUGUCUACCUGUCUGUUUUUUUUAAUGCUGUAAUUUUUUGUGAUAUUUUUUUUUUUGUAUUGUUGAAAAAAAUAAAGUUGAUACUCUUACACACA